CGAAAUCGUUUCAUCCACUCGAUAACAAACCACACACUACAACUGAUCAUCACCAUAUUAUUAUGUUACUUCAAUCUGCGAUUGAUUUCCAGUAGUAAAAUUAACUACACGGGUUUUCAUGGGGUUUCCGGCGAUUUUCAGAGCUCCGACGACGAAUCCAACUCCGACUACUUCCGCUUACUGCUGUAGUAGAGUUGUUGUUGGUUUGCCGGAUAUAUUGAAGAAACGGCGAUACGUUAAUGGAAGAAGAGUAGUCAGUUUGAGCGUGAGAGCUACGGUGGAGAGAAAUGGUGGUGAUGGAAUCGAUGCAGGAGAGAGGAAGAGUGCCAUCAUCGGCGACGGAGGCGGAGGUUAUUCGAGUUCUGCUAUGGAGGUUACUACAUUUAAUCAAAGCUUCCCAGAUGCAGAGUUUCCAGUUUGGGAUAAAAUUGGUGCUGUUGUUAGACUCAGCUAUGGAAUUGGAAUCUAUGGUGCCAUGGCUUUGGCAGGGAACUUCAUAUGCACAACAACAGGAAUCGAUAACACGGGAGGGUACUCGCCAUCGUUAGACGCCAUUGUGCAAGGACUCGGAUAUGCUGCUCCUCCAAUUAUGGCCCUUCUCUUUAUACUAGACGAUGAAGUUGUAAAGGUGUCACCUCAUGCUCGUGCCAUACGGGAUGUAGAAGAUGAGGAGUUACGAAGCUUUUUCUAUGGAAUGUCUCCAUGGCAGUUUAUACUGAUCGUUGCCGCAAGCUCGGUUGGUGAGGAGCUCUUCUACCGGGCUGCUGUUCAGGGUGCAUUAGCGGACGUGUUUUUGAGGGGGAACGAUCUAGUAACAAAUGCAAACGGAAUGGCUGCACUGACUGGUGUGUUGCCUCCAUUCGUACCAUUCGCUCAAGCGUUUGCAGCAGUGAUCACAGCUGCCCUUACAGGCUCGCUUUAUUAUGUGGCUGCAUCUCCAAAAGAUCCUACUUACGUUGUAGCACCAGUUUUGAGUUCACGGUCAGGUCGUCAAGAGAUGAAGAAGCUUUUUGCAGCCUGGUAUGAAAGGAGACAAAUGAAGAAGAUAUAUUCUCCAUUGCUGGAAGGACUUCUAGCUCUCUACCUUGGAUUCGAAUGGAAUCAGACGAAUAAUAUUCUAGCACCCAUCAUAACGCACGGCAUUUACUCUGCUACGAUACUGGGACAUGGACUUUGGAAGAUUCAUGAUCACCGGAGAAGAUUACGCCAACGAAUCCUGCAGCUUAAUCUAGAACAACAGAACUCAAUUAAGCAGCUUAAUCCAGAACAAAAGAAGUCAAGAAAUAUCUGAAAUAGGCCUAGUAUUGGUAGUUAUAGAAACUGCAUCCUUUUGGGAUCAAGGAAACUUGUAUAUUAACAAACAGUAACUAGUUGUAUACUAUAAAUAAUAUAUACAAAAGAGACUAUUUUGCCAUACUUUUUAUACAAAAA